AUGAAUACAACAAACAACAAUAAUAGCAAUACAUUAAUACAACAACUUUUACAUUUAAAUAAAAACUAUUUGAAUAGCAAUAACAACAAUAAUAAUACAAAUAAUAACCCAAAUAAUAACAGUGUUUUCUCUUGGAAUUCACUUCAAUCUCAGCAACCAAAUCCUUUUGUAAAUAAUAAUAACAGUAAUAAUAGUAAUAUGAAUCCUUUUUUAAGUGGUAAUGGUGCAGACAAUAGUAAUAUAAAUCCUUUUUUAAAUAAUAAUAAUAAUAAUAGUAACAAUAAUAAUAACAAUAGUAUUUUAUAUUCAAAUUAUAUUCAAGAUCAACAACAACAGCAGCAACAAGCAACACAAAAUAUACAACAACAACAGCAGCAACAACAACAACAGCAGCAACAACAGCAACAACAGCAGCAACAACAACAACAACAGCAACAACAACAACAAAAACAAUUACCAUUACAAAUACAAGAUAGUAAUAAUGAUAAUGGUAGUUUAAUUGAAAUUGAUCUGACAGAAUGGUGUAUUGGUUCGAAUCAGAAUGUUGUGGGUAAGGCUCUGAAUAUGUGUAAAGAGAUGCUCGUUAACUUUUUGAACAAGUUUGUUGGACCGAGAAGUCAGAUGAAUGGCUCCGAGCGACAAUUUACACUGACUAGUAUGCUCGAACACCAAAAGUUUGUUAUGAUCAAAAAGUACAACAACCAAUCAUCGAAUAUCCUCAACGAUGAAUCGACAAUAACCGAUAUCUUUAAUUAUGUAAACAAUCUCAAUGGUGUAGUCGCCACUUCACAUAUUACUCAUCAGUCAUCAUCUCAUCAACAAAUGCAACAACAACAACCACAGCAACAACAACAGACACAAUAUCAACAACUAACAAACCAAAUGAAUGAUGCACCUGUUAUUAUUAUCGAUGAUGAUAUGGCUAUGGAUGAGCCAUAUGAUGUUGAUUCACAUGUUACAUAUGCAUCUAUUGCUAGUGGAUCCUUCAACAACAACAACAACAAUAACAAUAAUAAUAAUACUAAAACAAGUAGCAUCAGUAGUUCGAACAAAGACAGCUUUAGUAUCGGACAAAAAUCACAAAAGAGACGAAAACAACAAGAUUAUUCAAAUGAUAGUCAAUCUCAACAACAAUCAAAAUCUACAGGUGGAUUCAACAUUAUUGCAAACAAUCCAAAUAACAACAUGAGUUUCUUUAAAAAUAACAAUAGUAAUACGAACACUUAUAAUUCUAUAUUUCCUCCACUGUCUGGUGGUACAAAAAACAACAACACUAAUAAUAAUAAUAAUAAUAACAACAAUUCAAUUCAAAAUUCAAUAACAUCUAAUCCUAAUAAUAACAACAACAAAGGCAAGAACAAAAAGAACAAAAAAACAAAAGAAUAG